AUGAUAUUCCGCUCUUUGUCUCUCAGCCAUUUCCACCUGGAUCACUGUGGCGCCCUCCCCUACAUGAGUGAGAUGGUGGGCUACGAUGGGCCUAUAUACAUGACCCACCCCACCAAGGCCAUCUGCCCAAUCCUGCUGGAGGACUUCCGGAAGAUCACCGUGGACAAGAAGGGCGAGACCAACUUCUUCACCUCGCAGAUGAUCAAAGACUGCAUGAAGAAAGUGGUGGCAAUAAAUCUCCAUCAGACAGUCCAGGUGGAUGACGAGUUGGAGAUUAAAGCCUACUAUGCAGGCCAUGUAUUGGGAGCUGCCAUGGUACAGAUUAAAGUUGGAGCUGCGUGGAUUGAUAAGUGUCGUCCCGACAUCAUGAUCUCCGAGUCCACGUACGCCACCACCAUCCGAGACUCCAAACGCUGCCGAGAAAGAGACUUCCUGAAGAAAGUGCACGAGACAGUGGAACGAGGAGGAAAGGUCCUUAUUCCCGUCUUUGCUUUGGGAAGAGCUCAGGAGCUUUGCAUUCUGCUAGAAACAUUCUGGGAGAGAAUGAACCUGAAGGCGCCCAUUUACUUCUCCACUGGCCUGACUGAGAAAGCCAAUCAUUACUACAAACUCUUCAUCACCUGGACAAACCAGAAGAUCCGAAAAACGUUUGUCCAGAGGAACAUGUUUGAGUUCAAGCACAUCAAGGCAUUUGACCGAUCCUACGCUGACAAUCCAGGACCCAUGGUAGUGUUUGCGACACCGGGGAUGCUGCAUGCCGGGCAGUCUCUUCAGAUCUUCAAGAAGUGGGCUGGCAACGAGAAGAAUAUGGUCAUCAUGCCAGGCUACUGUGUGCAAGGCACUGUGGGACACAAGGUCCUGAGUGGGCAGAAGAAGCUGGAGAUGGAGGGAAGACAAGUGCUGGAAGUGAAGAUGCAGGUGGAGUACAUGUCCUUCAGCGCCCACGCAGAUGCUAAGGGGAUAAUGCAGCUGAUCCGCAUGGCUGAGCCCCGCAGUGUCCUUCUGGUGCAUGGGGAGGCCAAGAAGAUGGAGUUCCUCAAGGAGAAGAUAGAGCAGGAGUUCAGUAAGUAUCUGUUCCAACAGCCGGUUGCGUCUCCGCCCCUGUGCCGAGAGUGUGAGCAGAGCUCCCGUUUGCCUUUGCAGAGCCUGCGCCUGGUCUCUCCCGAUCAGGCCCUGAAGGAGCUGGGCCUGAGCGAGCACCAGCUGCGCUUCACCUGCCGGGUCCAGCUGCAGGACCCCCACAGCGACCCCGACACGCUCAACAGGAUCUAUGCGCACCUCAAAGGAACCAUGACCGUGAUCCUUCUGAUUGCCAGCACCGUUCUGUCCCUGAAGUCCGAGUUCUUGAAGAACGUGAAAUGA